AUGGCGUGCUACUACAUUGUGAUCAGUUCCACCCACCUGCGUGACGGACAGCUGAGGAGCAUCAAAGGGGUGUUCAGAGGACCAAUAGGAACCACCGGACAAAGAAGCACGGAGGAAGGAGACUCUAGUCUGUACUGCGAGCUCUGUGAUAAGCAGUACCUGAGACACCAACAGUAUGACAACCACAUCAACUCCUACGACCACCACCACAAGCAGCGCCUCAAGGAGCUGAAACAGCGGGAGUUUUACAGAGCGCUCGCUUGCAGGCGGCAGAGGAGACGCAGGGAGGAGAAGAGGGAGGAGAGAGCGCUGAGGAGGCUUCACAAGGAUGAAGAUAGGAGGUCAGGAGAGUGUGCUCCGGGUUCUGGCCCCAUGUUCCGGUCAACCACUGUGGCAGUCGAACCAGGAAACCAGAGCAGGCCUGACUCCGCGCAGAGCUUGGCCAACAUGCAUACAAGCAACUCCUCUCUGGGAACAAAUCCUCGAGCCACGCUGAUCCAGUCCUUCCUUCCCCUGGACCCUGCACUGGAAACCAGACUCCUGAGCAGCUCACAAUGGGGGUAUGGCCAAAUGGAUGCCAACAACACUGCUACUACUGCUGACCACUCCAGCAUCUUCAAAAAACAACAAACUGACUACACUGACCUGACAGCAGCAGCCAUUGCCCCCAACAUCACCUCUGACAACAUCAUGAACACUGACAAGCCAACAAACUUUUACACUUCCAACAAACGCCGCCACUUUAACAAGAUCCCCUGGGCUCAUAAUUAUUUAAGCCAGCCCAUUACUCCCAGUGACAUCCCAACAACUGCCACUAAGGCUACCAUCAAUGGCUCCAUUUACAGCACAACCAACUUCAGUAAGAAAGUCCAAACCACCCCAGCUGCCAUUACUGCCACAACUGAUAUCAGUUCCAACAGUAACAGAGCAGUGUGUGGACUGAAUGGAGGCAUCAAGUCAGUCCCCAGUAGAGUCCGUCCUGUGUCCUUCUCACUGCCCAAAAGGACCUGUGUCCUCCUCCAUCAAUCUGCAGCUGUAUUCAUCCAAGCGGGGCAAGGCUCUGGCUUGUCAGGCAAGCAAGAAUUAGUGGCAGCGCAGGAACGAGCCAAAGAUCUGGGGGAGAAAAUUGCUCAUCAGAGGCUCAAAUCUCCAUUAUCUGCAGACGUGGAUAAUGUAGGUGUGGAUCAGUGGGACACUGGAAACCAGUGCAGUGUGGACAGUAAAGUGGCAAUCCAACACUCUGAGACAGGAGCCAAUAUGUCUACUGAGAGGGGAACUGAAGAAGUGUCUCGGACUGGAGCCCAGGUUUCUUUAUGUAAUCGCAGUGUGAUCAGGGUUGAAGACUCUGUUAUGAAUGGGAAUGAAGCCCAGAUCUCCUUAUGUAAUGACAAUGGGACUCAAGUCCAAGUCAGCUUUGAAAGUAGGACUGAAGCUCAUCUUUAUUUAAACAGCGGGAUACCAGGACAGGUUUCUGAUACAGUAAGCACAGCUGUGACUAAAAAUUCUGAAAGCAAGACAGAAAAGCACGACAAUGUGGAUCGGGAGACAGAGUUGAACGAUUCCCAAGAACUGAGGGAUGUGCUUUGUUCUGCUACCAAUCAGCCUCAAAAGCCAACUUCUAUUUUGAAUGAGGCCAAAAAGUCUUCAAUCCAAACACAGCCCAAGGAACCGAAUACCUCUCCAUCACACCGGGCUAAAGAGUCAACCUCUCUGACUCCAAGUCGUCCAAAAGAGCCUUUUUGUCCCGUCCUAAGCAGAGAUGGUACCAGGGUUCUUCUCUGGCCAUCAGAGAUGGUCAGUUACACCAAAACCUCUCCCUCUGUCUCUUACAGCGUUAAUCCUCUGCUGUAUGACUUCCGAGCACAUAGCAGGACCAAGGAAGGGGGAGAGGCAAAGAAACAAGGGCUGGAGGAGGCUAGGGAGAGAAUAAAGCCACCUGUGAUCAAACAAGUCAACUGCCAACAGAGACAGGAAGUAAUGGAGGAAGAAAGGGAAGGGAAGAUAGAUGAAAGGGAAGAUGUGGAUAAAGGAGGACAGGCAGGAAAUCCUGUGAAACUUGUUGCUGGUUGUAGCAGCGCCCCCACAGCUUCAGACCCUAACGACUGCCGUGAUGAAAGUGCUCUUUCACUUGCUCCCGUUUCCACGGUAUGCCAACUCGCCCCGACAGUAGGUCUUCAAAACACAGUGAGAAAGAGGAGAAGGGGGAGAAGAGGAGGGUCGAGGAGAGGAAUGAGAAAGAGGGGGGGAAAGAAAAGAGGAGAGGCUACAGAUAGAAAUGACUCAGAGAGAGUAAGAAGGGCAAUAAGCAGUCUUUCUGAGAAUCAGAUGUUCGAAGGGAGGGAAGAGAAGCUGAAAGGAGAGGGUGCAGAAAAAGACGAGAGAAGAGAAAAAGGGCUAUUAAGUAAUCUUGCAGCGCAUCGGCUGGUAGGAGGGAGAGAAAAGAAGAUGAGGGCAGACGAGAGAAGGAAAAGAGGAGAUCAGACAGCGCGAGAGAGGGCAGGUAGAAAUGACGAAAAGAGUGGAGAGCUAUUAAGUAAUCUUCCUGUGAAUCGGUGUAAUCGGUGUAACCAGCUGUGUGUGCAGGUGAAAAGGGAGGCCAGCCAGCAUCAAUCCCAGCAAUCAACCUCCGGGUGGGGCCAGGGGCUCAGAAAGCUCCUCAGCAGGGGUGCAGCAUGUAACUCAGUGAUUAGCCCCGUCCCCGGGUCUGUUAUAGAGAUGCCACGCUGUCCUGCAAUUACACCCGACCCUGCUCAGAAUGACAGAGAGAUGGGGGAGAUGCACAAAAAUACACAACCGGGGAAGGGGAAAGGGUGGAGAGAUGAGCAGCAAAGGAAUCCGAGGGAGACGGAGAUAAGAGCUGUUCAGGAUGCUAAAGAGGAUGUGUGUAACCUAGUGAUUAGCCGUGUUUCUUUUCCCUGUCGAGAAGUGGUACGCGAGCCUGAAAUUUGUCUUGUUCAUACACCGCAAAGGGACUCAGCACGCGAUCCAGCGAUUAGCCCUGUCCCUGCUCCCUUUAGGGAAACAGCGUGUAGUCAAAGACAAAUACUACCUGCAGGACACAGCAAUCUGGUGUUAGGCCCAGCCCCAAGCUGCUCCACACAACAGACAGAAAUACAACUGAGAAUUAGAUCAGCCUGUUCAGACAUGACCCGCCCAGGUGAUGCUAAUUCUAAAGAAGUCGUGUUGAGAAGCUCGGUAACAGCUGGCAAGAGGAGGAUGGAAGCACUGGAGGCAGGGGAAGCACCAAAGAAGAAACGGAAAAGGGGAAGAAGACAAACAAGGAGACUCUGUCCCACAUUGAGAACGUGUGCCCAGCGACAGGAAAAAGCUUGUGAUGUGCUAAACUCUGACCCUUGCAGAGACGAGGCUUCCUGUAUGCAAUGGGAGACUCUUUCGGACAACUGCAUUAGUUGCAACACAACUGAGUGCGGUCAAGAGGGCGGCAGGACUGAGAAAAACACUGACUGCCACUUUCUUUACAGGACAAAACACUUUGAGCGUCAAAAAACAAAUAUCAGAGAGGGAACACUCAGUGGUGACCCCACUGACACACCAAAUACCUACUGCCGCUGUGAUGACAGACACGAUUGCAACUGCAGCGCCAAUGACCCCAGUCACUUUAGCUCUGAAUCUUCGGGAGCUGUAAACCUUUUCAGUGACUGCCACACCUGUAACACGCCAAAUGACUGCAGGCAGGAUGAUGAAAAGGAAGAUGGGGGUAAACAACACAAUGACUCUGGCAUCUGCAGCACAACUUAUGACACUCCUCACAACAAAAACGACAAACAUGAUGCGAGUGAGAUGAACUUCAAAGAUCAUUUGUCCUGUGUUGUGGAGGAACUUAACUCACAAAAUGAGAGGGAUGCACCCAGCUGUGACAUCACGGACACACCUGUGGAUUUACUACCAAAGGACUUCUUUACCUGUAGCACAAAUGAUACACACACUGACCACUGUCAAUAUAAAAGCACCUCUGUUGACUCUAAUCCCAUUAACCAUUGUGACAAAACAAACUCCACAAGUGGCUCUAGUGAGGAGGAUCAAACCAAUCAGCAGGGUCACAACCUCUCUGAUUCAGCAACUGAUAAUAGAAAGAGUUUCGGUGAAAGAAAUGGAAACCACUGUGACAAUAUGGACAGUAGUCAGUGUGAUCAUUUGAACAGUAAACAUGUCACUGAUUGUCAUCUCUGUGGGUUUAAUGGUCUUAGUGUGAGUACAGCCAGAAAUGCAUCAAACGCUCCUGCACUCAUGAGCACACUUCAAGAACAGAGAGAGGAUGAAAAAGAUCUGGAGAGGGUGAGAAAAGAGGAGGAAAUUAAACAGAUGGAGAGGAGAAAGGUGAAAGAGAGGCAAGAAGAGUGGGAGAAAGAGUGGGUGAGGAGAAAAGAGAAAGAAAAGGAGGACAGGGAGAGAAGGAAGGAGUUGGAUUUUGGGCAUUUCUUCCCAGAGAAGAGGCCUUGUUUUCCUCACCCUCUCCCUUCACAUUGCGUCCCCUUCCAUGGUCCUCUCCUCCUCCCGCCUUCCCUCUCCUCCUCCUCCUCUUUCUCCCUCCAUCACACCAUCAUCCAGCACCACCUAUCCCUUCUACCGCCUCCGUCACAUCUACCUGUCCCACCAUACCCACAUCUUUUGCCCUCUUUCUCCCCGCAUCUCUCCCCUCUAGCUCUUAAUCCAACGCCUGCUCCUCCGCCACCUCCUCCUCCCCCGCCUCCCUCUUUCUACACCUCAACCCCUAUCCCUCUAUUGGAUGCCCCUGGUCCGUAUCCAUUAGCAACAGCAUUUCACCCCUUGCAGAGUCACCACCCAUCUUUGUAUGCCCCGCCCCAUCCUGCGGUCAUGCCCUUACAGAUGCUGUUCUGAAGAAAUGAGAUACGCUAAGAGAUACACACAUGACAGGUUUACAUAUUUUCAAAGAAAAAGUUGUCACCUGAAAGCCGUUUUCACCUGCACAGAGCUCGUCUGAGAUGUGAGGCAGAACAAUUUCCGGGAGACUUUAGAAGAAAAACAAAAUCCAAUCUUUCUUAAAACUAAACCUCUGGCAACCUCGUCACCUCGUCAAAACUCUCCAAGCACUGAUUCACUCAUUGGGUAAAAAUGAUGGCUAAUUAUCUUCAUCAGCGGCAAUCCUGCUCUAAAUGAGACUCAGGUGUGCAGCUAGAGAAAAUCGGGUUUGGGACACACAGCUGGGCUCGUUUCCCUUGGCACAAAUUAGUUGAUGCAUUUUUUGCAUUUCUAACAAACGCCUUGCUUGGUUUAAACCUUUCUGGGAAAUUAAAACUGUGGUCUGUGACUUUAAAGGACAAAUCCAUCAUUGUACACUCAUAUCUUCAAUCUAUGAUAAUUAAUGCAGGAUUUUUUUUUGUCUUGUUUAAAUUUACAUGUUCUCCCUUAAGAGCUUCCACUUCAGUUUCCUCUUUUCCCCUGAAUGACUUUAAGAGGGAUGUGUUGCUCUCAGCAGAGGGUCCUUGAGAGUCAUUGACCUGCAUUACUAUUUCAACCAGCUUCUGUUUUGCAAGCAUCUGUUAGAACGGGGAGACUCAGGCUCUCUGGAAGGUGGAAAAAGGGUCCUGGAGUUUGUGGUCUGAUACCAGUAUCAACUAGUGCUGCAAGAUUUGGUGAAAUUGCACAACUGUGAUUUGAUUAUAUUAGAUUAGGAGUCUUCUGGCUUUGUUUUCAGGGAACAUGCAUGUGCUGACACAAAUUGGUCGUGUUGCCAUGUCGCAAUACCUCCAUCCAAAAUAUUCCAAUAUGGCAGAGCGUUCAGUUCUUCGUUGCUUGUGCUUAUCGGCAUCUAUGUUGGUCCCUUUGAGCUCAGGAUAGUCAUGUGAUCAUUAAUUUACUGUACGCAGUGCACGCAGACUCCAAACGCAAACUGUCAGAGCAGUUAAUGGGCAAAACACAACAGACUCCAAACAAUCAGAGGAGAUGGUUAUAAUGUUUACAGACACAAAUGCACUUUUUUUUUUUUGCGUUAGGUUUAUCUAGGGUUAUGUCAUUUCCACUUCACUGUUGUGGUUGCAUUUAAAUGAAUCUUGCAGCAUUCUUUUCAGCUAGACAUUGAAGAUACCUAGCACCUUAAGGGGUAGUUAUAAUACUGUAACUUAUCAUUUGGUGACUUAGAAUUGUUUUUACAAAGAUAGGUCUUCAGUUAUGUUGUUUGCAUUCACUAACAACAUGUUCUGGAAUAUAUUUGAUAGUAACAUGUGGCCAGCCUAUUCUCCCUCCCAACUUUCCAAAUAUGACGCCUUGGGCUUUUAACAAAUGCACAAAUUCACCCAUGACAGGGUUUGAUCCCAUUAAAGAGACAUUCAUGUAAUUAAUGAACAAACAAAAGUCAAAAUUGAGUUAUAUUUCAACCCAACCUAUAAUCUUUCUCUGAUCAUAACAAAAUCAUACUGAUGCCUAGACCUGACAGGACUUUGACCAUUUCCCAACAAUAAGCUCAUAUUUCUAUCUCGGCAAUGGUCACCAAAACUCAAAAUGUUUUCCUGUAAAAUCCAUCGGGAGCUUUCAUUGUAUCAUGUCUAAUUAACGUAUGUAAAGGUGCCGCUCUAGAAAGUCAUCUAAGAAAGACUUAAGACUUAAGGCCAUGUAUAACAAGUUGGGUGGGAGAAUGCAUUGUCAAACUGUUGCCAGCCUCUUGGAGUAUUAGUACUCCAGAACUACGGACUAACAAAGCUAUUGCCAGAAAAUAAAAAAACUGCCUCAAAUAAAAAUUGGGAUAACUUGGUUUCAUUGACCAAAGAAUAUCCAAAUAUUUAACAUGGUCAAAAAUGGCAAAAUUGACCAUAUUUCCAUGUAUCAAGUUAGAGAUAGAUUAUAUGAUGUAUGGACUACAGGGCUACCUAUUUCCUCAUUAACUUUCUAUAUGUUACACACAAUUUCAGAACCAGGGGAGUCCAUUAAAGAAACAUAGGUUUGAGGCCCUUAUACCUGAGCUCAAGAAGACACGCCCACUUCUCACAUGCAGUCUAUAUGGUGGACACACCACAAUGCUCAUGAAACAAGGAUUUGUAGACCUAUAAAGUCACCUGACAUGCAUAGUAAUCUGAUGAAUAGUUUGACCCAUCCAUACCCCUGUCAGCAGACAAAAGUGUGACACAGUCUACUUUAGUUUGUUGUAUGGAAGUGGAAUACAGAUUAUGUGUAUCCCAGCACACAAGCCUACUGAAACUGAUACAAGAGUAGAAAGUGUUUCCCAGCCCCUUUGGAGCUCUGUCUCUCCCUGUGUGACUGCUGAACGUCAGGGCAAAAUGUUAAGUUUAGAAAUAAGCUUCUGCUCUUUGAUUUUGAGGGACUGACUCCAGUGUCUGACCUUUACUCUUGACGUUUCAGGCUGUUGAUUUUCUGCCAAUCUCACUCCAUUGCAGCUGCACUAAAAAUACCCCAAUGAGGUGGAUAACUUUACAUUUAGUGACUCAUCCAUGGAAACAAAGGCCAAAGCACAUACAGAAAGUGAUUCAGCGCGCCAUGUGGCACACACUGCUUCAAUAGGGCUGUGGAAAGUCAGACAAAGAGGGGUGCUGUGAGGGUUUGAUCGUCAGAAAGUCACCAAACAACCGUUUUUAGAUUAAAGUCCUACUCCCAAUGUGGUCAUUCAUUGGUCGAACAGGUUAUUUCACAGAUCAUAGACAUCAUAACACUAAAAGAAUCUCACAUUGAGUCACAUGCAGGAAGUGAAAAUAUUCCUUUCUGACAGCUUUUUUAUAUCCCAGCAUUCCCACCGGUUGGAUUUUUCCCUUAAAGCGAAGGGUUAAGACAAAAGCACACAGGAGUAAGUGUGGAUCAGACCUUCUGCUCAGUUCAACAUUUUCCUCUCAUGGGUCCAAACACUCUCUACUUUGUCAUUAAAUGCAGCAGAUAAACCUAACAAUUGACGAAAACUUGAGCCUUUAGAGGUGUGAGUGGCAGGAGAAGUGACAAGGGAAGAGCAGAGUGACUCCCACACUUACCCAUGGAUUUGUUUUUCUCAGUUGUUUCCUCUCCCUCCUAUGAAAUUGAACAUCUGGCUGCGAUGGCUUUGGGGCAUCACUGGCAGCGCUGAUCCAUCUCAGUGACUAUAGAUUAUUCUGGUGCAGACGGCGAUGACAAACAUACCCAAACAAAUAAAAAAUAUGCAUGAAAAAUGGUCUUCGGGAGGCAGAUUUUGUGGGUGGAUCGCCAUCCUUAUUUUCACAUUGGUUUUAGGCAAGAACUGUGAUUUAUUUGGGUUUUAUUGAUCCCAUGAGCUUGAAAAACACACGGUUUAAGCAUAACAGCUGCCAGACAGUUGCCGUUGUUGACACAGUGAUGCCCAGGGUGACGUACUUACGCUUUGUCUUCUUGAAGUGUUUAUGAACAGUGUUAGCGACAUGAAAAGUACGACUGCUUCUUUUUCUUACAGAUCUGAGUACAAGACAUCGCCAGAAUCAUAUUUAGCUGGCUUGUUAGCACUUGCGUUCUCACCUGUAGCUCUGUACAACAAGAGAUUUGAAACCAUAUGUUCUCUGAGAAAAGGGUUUUAUUUAUCAUUGUGAUAAAUCUGUACAUUAGAGAAUAAAAAAGCUGUUAUUAGAUGUAUUUUUGUAGAGAAGCCUCAGUUGAAUGAGGCAGAGUUUUUGUAUCAUGUACUCUGAGGCUAUUUUAGCGAGUAUGUAACUCCACUUUAUCUGUCCUCCGGUAAAGCUGUUGUAUGUUCCUUAAAGUCCUUGUUAUUCAUGGGUUCAAAUGCCACAUUUGAGUUCCUCUUAGUAACAGAUUUGUCUAAGAAAUGUGUUAUGAUCCUGAUAAACCCCCAAAAUCAGCAUUUUUUCUAUGUGUAAUCCAAUUUCAGCUGACUCAUAUGCACAGAUAUUAUCCCUGCUCAUACAAUGGAAAAGCAAAUUACCCUGGAAAUGAAAAUAAAUCAGUAGACUUAA